ACAUCGUUUCGUUAGUCGUAAGGUAUUCGUUAAACAAUGCCCUUGUCACGGAACGGUCUUAACAUAGUUGACAUCGACGUCCAGGAUGUGAGGUUCCCAACUUCUCUGGGAGCCCACGGUUCCGAUGCGCUUCAUACCGAUCCAAACUACUCGUGUGCGUACGUCAUCACUAGUACUGAGAAUGGCCAGCAGGGUUAUGGUCUAACGUUCACCUGCGGCCGAGGAACGGAGAUUAUAGUGCUCACCAUACGUUCCAUGAAGAAGUUUAUACUGGGUCGCAACGCCGCUGACAUAUUUGCAAAUUUCUCUGAAUUUUGGCGGACUAUAACAAAUGAUUCACAGAUGAGAUGGCUGGGUCCUGAAAAAGGGGUAGUGCACUUAGCUGUGGCAGCAAUUCUGAAUUCACUAUGGGAUUUGUGGGCUAGACUGGAGAAGAAACCGCUGUGGAAACUUUUAGCGGAUUUAACGCCAGAGGAACUUGUAUCCACAAUUGAUUUUCGAUACAUAACCGACGUAAUAACUAAAGAAGAGGCUAUUGAAAUUUUAAAAUCAAAACAAAAUGGUAAAAAUGAGAGAGAAAGAAUACUAAAACAGAAAGGUUAUCCAGCGUACACAACUCAAGUAGGUUGGCUGGGAUACAGCGAUGAAUUCGUAAAGGAACAGUGUAAAAAAUAUUUAGAUCUGGGUUUUACACAUUUCAAAGUAAAAGUUGGUCGUGAUGUUAAGGAUGACUACAAACGAUGCAGCCUGGUUCGCAAGUACAUAGGAGAUGAUAAAUUUUUGAUGGUAGACGCAAAUCAGGCUUGGAGUGUGGAAGAGGCGAUAGAAUGGAUGAAAAAAUUGGCACCACUAAAACCCAUGUGGAUCGAAGAGCCAACAUCUCCGGACGAUAUCUUGGGACACGCUGCCAUUUCCAAAGCUUUGCAGCCCUAUAACAUUGGUGUUGCCACAGGAGAGAUGUGUGCAAACCGAGUGAUAUUCAAACAGCUGUUACAGAGCAAUGGUAUGCAGUAUUGCCAGAUUGAUUCGGCUAGAGUAGGAGGCAUCAAUGAGAUAUUAGCGAUCUACCUUAUGGCGUACAAAUUUAAUGUGAAAGUGUGUCCGCACGCCGGCGGGGUGGGUUUAUGCGAGAUGGUGCAACACCUCCAGGCCUGGGACUUCGUGAGUCUAUCGGGCUCUAUGGAAGGCCGCCUCAUAGAGUACGUCGACCAACAACACGAACACUUCUACGAUCCUUGUAUAGUUGAGAAAGCGAGAUAUAUCACACCGAAGCAACCCGGAUACAGUACGCGGUUUUUGCCGGAAACACUGAAAAAAUUCGCUUACCCACACGGCAAUGAAUGGAAGAGGAUGAUAGAUGAAGGGAUGUUCCCGAAGCCGGAUGAAGCUGAACUCGUCAACGGUUAAAAUAAAAUACUAUUUUUUUUUUUUACCUAUUAUUUGUUUUCUUAUACAUAAUAAAGCAUUUAAAACAACGUGAAUGUAUAAAACGCAUAAAUCCAAAAAUAAAAAUGUUCAAAAUAAUCGAGUCCUGCUGUUUUCAACGAUAUCGAUUCCUUCAUCGAUUCAUUGUUAAAGUACAGAACAUAAUAAAUACUUGUGCAUCUUAA